AUGGUGAUAGUGGUUCUCCAAGAUGACAUAAGGGAACCAAUUUUAACAUACGGAGCCGAAACCCUGACAUUAACAAAUGCAACUGCAAGAAAGCUGAAAGUGACGCAAAGAAAGAUGGAGAGGUCGAUGUUGGGUGUAACUCUGAGGGAUCACAUAAGAAAUGAAGAUCUAAGAAAAAGAACUGGCGUAGAAGAUGUUAUCACCGUUGUGGCAAGACUCAAAUGGAACUGGGCUGGUCAUGUCGCACGGAUGAGAGGAGAUCGGUGGACGAAGCGAUUGUUGGAGUGGAGACCGCGAGCAGACAAGAGAAGUAGAGGAAGACCGCCUACACGCUGGACAGACGACAUAAAAAGAAUAUCCGAUAACUGGAAAAAUGUGAGUGCUCCUUAUGAAAGCUGUGGCCAUUUUGAGGCGGAACUAAUUGCGGAAAGCAAUAAUAGGAAGGAGCUGUUAACUCUGAAGCAGAAGUUAGAGGCUGAAGAAAAAAAUUCAUCUGAAUCUACAUCAAAAACGACUGUGAAUAGUGAAAUCACAGUCAUUUCAAGCAAAGAUGAUGAAAAAUCCAAUCAAAGACAAGAAGACGAUUUGGAAAUCUUCAAUGAUGAAAGUUCAAUCAGGAAUCCCGGGACAGCCAUUGUAUUUGAAGCUCCGUCCCCUAAUGUAAAAUGCCGUAGGAUGCGUUGGUCUGAAGAAGAGAAACGAAUAGCUUCAGAAGGCUUCAAAGAAUACAUUAUGAAUAAUACAUUGCCAUCAUUCCAAAAAAUACACGAGGUCAUGAAUACAAAUCCAGGUGUAUUUCAAAGAAGUGUAGCCACUAUUAAAACCUGGAUCAAAAAUGAAAAGCUGAAAAAAUCAAGAGAGGGAAUUAAAUAAUGGGAUAUCCAAUAUUUUGACUAUAUAUGCAUGAUAUCAAAUUAUGUUUUUAUUUUUUCUCUAUAUAUGUUAUUAUUCUAACGUGUUUCGUAUUGAUAGGUACGUAUUU